CAGGCAGGUUGGAGGGACAGGGGCCGGGGGACACUGGUGAAGAGAGGGCAAAGGAAGGUGGCAAUCCCAAAGGAGCAUGGAGGCAAACAGUGCUUUCAGAGUGUUUUGGAAAUCAAGGCAAUUGUACACGAGAGAACCAACAGCUGAUUCAGAGUAUGAAGUCCCACUGACAUGGAAAAGAAAGCACUUUAAAAGGAAGAAGAAGAGACCAUCAAAAGAAGUCUCUGAAAAACACUCUCCAGUGCAGGACUGUGAUGAGAUGAUCACGUUCCCCUGCUCCAUUUGCAAGCGUGAGGUUGGCCUGCCUGGAGUUUUCCUCCACAAAAAGCGGCACGUGGCUCUGAACACGCUGGGCCUGCAGUGGACUGGGGAGAGGAGACCAGGGCUCUCGGCGAUCAUGGACCAGAGACAGUCCGUCAUUACUAAGCUGCUGUCAUCUUUUGCGUUCAAUGAGAAAACCUUGCAGAGCAUUAAUAAUGCUUUUGAGCUACUGUGGAAGAGACAGGUACCAGCAUACUAUAGGAUUAUGGAGAACAUUUGCGAGAGUUCCAUACACCCUCAAAAAAUCAGUCACCUAUUAAUUAAAGGAGCAGCUAUUUGCAAUGACAGGAAUGCCACAUGGAGAGUUGACAUGAACGAUAAAUUCAUUGUUGUGAAUAAUUUUGGCAGUAAACCCAAUGUGUGUUUUUUUGGUUUGUUUGAUGGACAUCACGGAGCCUCAGCGGCCGACUUGACCUCAACAGAACUCCCAGUUUUACUUCUCCAUCAACUUUCCAGACUUGAUCCUUCCUACCAAAUGACUCCUGAAGAGCAAAAAGUAAUCAAUUCUUUUAACACAGUGUUUAGAGAAGACUAUAGAGCUAUAGAAGACUCCUUCUCCUCCAAAAAGAAAAGGACAAAAGGAAUGAAAAGCGUGUAUGAGAACAUACACAAAGCCUUUGCCAAAGCGUUUUGGAGAAUGGACAGGCUUUUACGUCUUGGAAGGAGGGAAGUGUCCAGGGUCCGAUGGAGUGGCUGUUCUGCAGUCACUUGCGUGCUGGAAAGCAAUGCUGAGAGUCCCGAAGCCAGGAAGUCUUGGGGAAGAAUCAGUGACCUUGGUGCUUUGGCAGAUAGGCAUCUUUGCUCAGGAAUGCCAAAAAUCACCACUGGAGUGCUACACGUUGCAAAUGCUGGUAACGUGCAAGCAGUCUUAUGCAGAAAUGGGAAAGGCUUCCGCUUAACCAAAGAGCACACCACCCGGAACGCAGACGAGAGGCGGCGGGUGCUCGGGCAGGGAGCGGCCAUCAGCGCCAACGCGCCGCACGGCCUCCUCCAGGGGAAAAGGACCACCACACGAGGACUUGGCUUCCAUGGGGAUCUCAAGCUGAAAAAAUUCAUCAUUCCAGCACCUCAGACGAUCUCUGUGCCCAUAGAUGACUUGUGUCAGUUCCUCAUCCUGGGCACUGAUGGGCUCUGGGACGUUCUGGACACAAAAGAGGUCACCGCGCUCACCAUGUCAGCUUUCCAAGCGCACAGAGAGACGCGGGGUCCUGCCGCGGGCAACAAACCGUCACCACCCAGAGGGUCUCCGCUUUGCCCCAACAGUGAACAAACCACAUCAAAAUCGGAGCCUAACAUCCACACAGUGUUUCAGUGCAAGUCUGCAGAAUGCGUGUCAACUGUCAAUUCAAAAGAAAACCUGUCAGUUUCAAAACAUUCUAUUUGUGACCCUGAAAGUUCAGGACUGUUUCCACCGAAAAUGACCACUCGUGAUCCCUGCAGUGAGGAAGGAACCGACGGACGGACCAGUGUGGAAAGAGAGCCAAGAGACUCAAGAGAAGAACAGAGAGGACUAGGCUCUCAGCACUUCUAUGACGGCGCCGCCGCGUACAUCAGCCACGAGCUCGUCAAGGCUGCUCUGGCAGCCGGCUCCAGAGACAACGUCACCGUCAUGGUGAUGCUUCUCAGCGGGACUGAGCAUCAGCUGCUGACAUAAAAGCUCUGGUUAUCCAGAGAAGAGAAACACGGAGACAAUUCGGCAAUGAACCAGGUACCACAACAUCACAUCAAUACCACAUAAUUGUUACGAAUGCAGUAAAGAAAAUAUAAAAGCAGAUUUCAGGUUACACAAUGCCAUUUAUAUAUGUUCAUGUGAAAAAAGAGAAGAACCAGUACUUGCUUUUUAAUACCACUUUAUUCCAACCUGAGCACCUCAAUAUAAAACUAAACACUGGUGAACUGUUUUCCUUACUAAUUUUGAGUUACUGUAAAUGUACAAGUUCUGCUAGCAGUUCAACACUUAAAUAGAUUAAAUCAUCUCUGACACAUGGUAGAUUUCAUAUAAUGAAAAUGCCUAAAAUAGUUAGUGCAAUAUACUGAUCAAAAUUAAAUGAACUUUGGAAAACAAGGCUGCAAGAUUGUUACUAACAUAUCCAAUACUCAUGUUACAAAUUACUGGUACUUUUUUAUUAUGGUUCUAGCCAGGUAGGAACAAUUGAAGCCCCUUCCUUUCAAAGGGGGAGAAAAGGAAAAAAUUAGCUGUUUUAGUAACUGUACAUUUUGUAUACUUUUAAGCAACUCUUAAAUAUUACAGAAAAGUAAUAAACAUAUAUGGAGACUACAAUGCAGUACCCUAUUUACAGUACAGCUGAAGAUCAAAUUUAAAAUAAUCAAGUUUGAAUGUACAUAAUUGUUAGUGCAUUGACUAUACUUAUGUCCAAAGGGCACAAAGGCCCCUCCCUACACCCAAACAAAACCUGUGUAAUGGCCAGCAGUGAUUACACGUAAAUCACAGACACCUGGUUUGCUUCAUUUUUGCUGAAGAACUCACAUGUUUGAGGGGAACACUAUCCUUUAAGAUGCAUUUUACCCCAUUUUAUAAAACAACAGGAUCAGCUAUAAUUUAGAUGCCACUAAGGUUCAUCUUUUCCCACUGAAGAUGUGGGACUGUUUCCUUGUGGCGAAUUUGUUAAAAUGUGGAAUGUAUACUUUAAAUAAGGACACGAAGAGAAAUUACAGGUUGCCUGGAUAUGGCAGCUAAGCAUAAAUAUCUUUAGAACCUCCUUCCAAAGCAAGAAGUUUUUUCUGAAAAGCCCAAAUGAGUAAGUUCCAAAUUUUUUUCACAGAACUGGCUGGUUCACUGUGGGUUCAGAGUCAUUUGUCUACAUCCCUGGAGAAGAGAAAUGAGUCCCGCUAACCUUCCAAGGAAACAAGUGUGCGCACAGC